AAAAAAAUUACUUUACUUUCUAUCUAUUUUAAUCAAAAUUAAUUUUAAAGAAUCAAUUUUCUUAGUGGUUAAACCAUAAACAAAAAACAAACAAUGGAGUAAUUGAAUCGUGAAGUGGUUUGAUUCUGCAAAGAAGCAUCAGAAAAUCCGGAAAAUCAGAGUCGUUAUUCUUCGUGAGAACGAUUUGAUAAAGGAAGUGAAAAUGGGAGACACAGUGGAAGAAACCAAUUUAUCAGAGAAUUCAAACCCUAAUCCCAAUCCAGAAUCAGAAUCAGAAAGAGAAAACCUAACAUUAGAUGGUACCUCCUUCAAUACCAACAAUCAGAGAGAAAUAUUGAAAGCAAUCGAAGUUGUCGAACGAGAUUCCCUCGCCAUUGCUCAGAGCUUCACUUCCGUCUUCGAAGCACUCCGAUUGUCCCUCUCUCAAUCCACCGACACCUCAAUUCAUCAUAUUCAAUGCUUCGCCGAUGCCGCCGGUCAUCUUCAAGAAUCCGUGCUUGAUGCAGCGACUAAGGGGAAUCGGUAUAUAAAUUCGUGUCUCAAAUUGAAUGAGGAGAUGAAGAACGUUGAUAGUCUAGCAUCACAAUUAAAAAUCCUGAGAAGGCAUGUAGAUGUUCUAGACUCGGCUGUUAACAAGCUUCUUCAUGUCUCUUGACACCUGGGAAUGAGAUUCAGUCCUGUACAAGGUUUCUUUCUAUAUAUCCCAUAGCAACCUUUUAGAUGAAGAAUUUGAAAAAUGUAUGCAUCUGUAUGUAUUUGUCAUUUCAUAUAUUGUGCUGGUUAGUGUUGUGCUAACAGAGCAACAUUAUUUGGACAAGUAAUAUAAGGGCAGAGAAUAUUGUGCUUGUGAUUUAAA